GGCUUCUCCCCGAUCUGAUCUAUCUCGCAGCUGCCCAGGUGCACCGCCCGCCUGUCCGCAGAAGAUGGACCUGAUGGACGGCUGCCAGUUCUCGCCUUCUGAGUACUUCUACGAUGGCUCCUGCAUCCCAUCCCCCGAGGGCGAGUUCGGGGACGAGUUUGAGCCACGAGUGGCUGCUUUCGCGCACAAAGCAGACCUGCCCGGCUCAGACGAGGAAGAGCACGUGCGAGCACCUACGGGCCACCACCAGGCCGGCCACUGCCUCAUGUGGGCCUGCAAAGCGUGCAAGAGGAAAUCCACCACCAUGGAUCGGCGGAAGGCGGCCACCAUGCGCGAGCGGAGACGCCUGAAGAAGGUCAACCAGGCGUUUGAGACGCUCAAGAGGUGCACCACGACUAACCCCAACCAGAGGCUGCCCAAGGUGGAGAUCCUCAGGAAUGCCAUCCGCUACAUUGAGAGCCUGCAGGAGCUGCUGAGGGAGCAGGUGGAAAACUACUACAGCCUGCCCAGGCAGAGCUGCUCUGAGCCCACCAGCCCCACCUCCAGCUGCUCCGACGGCAUGCCUGAAUGCAACAGCCCUGUCUGGUCCAGAAAGAGCAGCAGUUUUGACAGUAUCUACUGUCAUGUACCAAAUGUAUAUGCCACGGAUAAAAGCUCCUUAUCCAGCCUGGAUUGCUUAUCCAGCAUAGUGGAUCGGAUCAGCAACUCCGAGCAACCUGGACUGCCUCUCCAGGACCCAGCCUCUCUCUCUCCAGUUGCCAGCACCGAUUCUCAGCCUGCAACUCCAGGGGCCUCUAGUUCCAGGCUCAUCUACCAUGUGCUAUGAACUAAAAAUCUAGUCUAGACCAUUUCUGCCAGGAGUGCCUAUUACACAGGAGGAAGGAGGC